AUGGAGAACGAUGGCUGCAAAAAGGUGAUUUAUUUAUUUUUUAAAUAAACAUGUGUGUUCUGAAAUGGCAGCCGAUGCAACUUGAAGCCAUGCAAAAAAGCACUAGUAGUGUAGAAUUCCUAGAUCUCCUGAGAUCUGGGUUUCGAUAUCAUUCUGUGGCUUGCAGAUGUCUGUGGUGGAAAGAUCUGGUAAAAGAUGAACUCUCUCUUGUUCCCACUUACCAGUGGCUUUUCCAGAUAAGGUAUCUUUUUAAAAAAAUAUUGAUAACAGCAUUGUAAUGAUAAUCCCAUCCCCAUGUUUUAUGCAUGCUUCUGAGCACAAUUUAAAGUCCUGGUGCCUAAAGUGCUGGUGCCCUGUAGACCUGAAGGAGCAUCUCCACCCCCAUCCUUCAGCCCGGACACUGAGGUCCAGCUUGAAGGGCCUUCUGGCUGUUCCAUCACUGCAAGAAGUGAGGUUACAGGGAACCAGGCAGAGGGCCUUCUCAGUUGUGGCACCCGCUCUGCGGAAUGCCCUCCCAUCAGACGUCAAACAGAUAAACAGCUAUAUGACUAUUAGAAGACAUCAAAGAGAUGAGUAACUAUAUAACCUUUAGAAAGCCUCCAAAGGCAGCCCUGUAUAGUUUGAUAUUUUACUGUGUUGGGUGUUUUAAUCUGUUGGAAACCACUCAGAGCGGCUGGGGCAACCCCAUCAGAAGGGUGGCAUAUAAAUAAAAAGGUAUUGUAAUAUUAUUAUUAUUAUAUAAGGAGAUGAGGCUAGCUUUACAGUCUGAAUGUGAUAUCAGGGUUGAGACAGACUUAAACAAACAAACAUAGGAGGUGGGUACUGUGUUGCUGUGGAGGGUGAAUGGAUAGCUUUAAAACAAGCAAGCAAAGCAGCAAGGGUAUAUAGCCAGACCAGCUUGUGAAGCUCCAGAUCACAGGAGUGUCAGCUUGGUUCUGCAACUGUGGGUGCCUGAGGCUGUGGUUACCAUGCAGCAUGCAUGGCCCUGGUGCUGAAAGUUGUGGGUGCCCGGCCCCUACAUGGGGAAUUUUGUGGGUGCUCGGGCCCCAGGGAGUCGGCACCUGUGCCAGAUCACAUGCUAGCACCUCAAUUAGUGCCAAUAGUACUAAGAGAGCUGAAGUGUAUGUUGCUGUUGUUAAUUUUGCUGUCUGGUCUUUGACCACAAUAAAGAUUGAUUGAUUGAUUGAUUGAUUGAUUGAUUGACUGAUUGAUUGACUGAUUGAUUGAUACGAAGAGAGCCAUCUCCUGAAAUAGAAAUGAAAGGUGCUUCCUCUUUGGUCUGGGAACUGCUGCUUUCUUCAAACUUCUGUUGGGGUUUUGAUUACAGUAUAAACAUGAUCACCCUGUAAGGGAAGGUGAUAUUAUUAGCUUGGGGUGAUAUUGUUAGCCUGAUUUAAUUGCAAACCUGAGGUUUCCUAGUGCAACUACAGAAUGUGCAAGAGUUCCUAGGACAUGUAACAGAAAUUCAAAUUCUUUAUUAUUAUCCUGAAUACACACAUGAGGAAGUGAAAUCUCUCCACCAAAUACAGUAGUCAUCUGUGAUGUCAUGGAUUAAGAGACCCUUUUUGGAUUAAAAAACUCUGCUCAGCCAUAAAGUUCACUGGAUAACCUUUGACAAAUAUCUCUCCAUAUCAUGGAGCUGUAAAGAAGUACAUUGAUACAACAGACAUUACUGAUAAUAACCAAAAGAGGAGUUUGGGAACAUCAAGUAUACACUCAUAUAGUACUAGAGAUUAUAAGAUUCAGUGAAAUAGACAUAACCAAGAUUUUAAGAUAUUUAUGUAUUGGAGCGUAAUACAGAAUGAUGACUAGUUUUUGCCUUAAAUCCUCUCUUUAUGUUCUGUGAGGCAAUUCCACCCUAAAUGUUGCAUAGAUUGUCUGCAAUUAAGUCCUGAGAUUUCAGGAGGAUAUACUUUUGAGCAAUGAGUUUCAUAUCAGAGUGUAUGUCCGAGUCUGUAACUGAAAAGUUGCGUGAAGAAUAGAUUAGGUUAACUGCACUGCAUCCAAGGUUCCUUUCUGAAGGCGUUUGAGAUGAGACGUGUCACUUGUGAGUCACACUCAGAGCUGGAUGUUGGCCCAUUAUCACAGAGACUCGGCUGAGCAGUUGUUGGAGUCAGCAGAAAUGAGAGGGCACUCUGGGGCUGAUUGAUGGGAGCUCUCCUGUAUGUGAGAGAAAUAAGCUGCCUGCAGAGAGUCUCUCAGGCAACCUCAGGGUUUUUUGUGUUUUAAUUGGAAGAGGCCUAGUUGACAAAAGUCAAAACCGGAGAAGGAUUAUUUGGCUAACCUUAGAGCCCAGCACGAAGCAGAACGGGGAGAAAGUUUCUCUCUUUCCCUAGCUUUACCGCUGCAUCUGGGUGCUUCUGGUUUUAGCCAUGGCUCAGUUAAAACACUUUGCUUUUCAAUUCUAGGAACAGCAAUUGGGCUUUCUUGCUUGCUUUGCAGGAUACUUCUGCUAUGCUUUUAUUGUCUCCCCAAAGAGAAUUCUGAGCUUGGGGUUCAUCUGCAGGGGCUGUUUCACCCAAGGUGCGUCUAAGGGGCAACUUAUGAAGUCUCCCACACACACACACACAGAUUGUCCCCAUUAGUCCUCCAUUUCCAGGACUUGUGUACACCCAAAUAAAUGAGUAGUUAAUUAAAAUAGCAAUAAUUUCCUUCACAACAUUCCUUGAGCUGUUAUUUCCGAUAUCUCAGGAUGUAUUGCCACUGAAGCAGUGAGGUGAAGCUGUCUCCCAGCUUUGCUGAAUGGAGUUUAAUUCUGAGUAAACAGUAGAGAAGGAUCUUGGCCAUGAGAACAAGCAUUGAUGGUCAGGCUCAGGACUGGAAAUGGAGCUUAGUAUUGGUCAUCCGAAAGCAGGGGUAGGCAACCUAAGGCCCAUGGGCUGGAUGUGGCCCAAUCGCCUUCUCAAUCUGGCCCAUGGACAGGCUGGGAAUCAGUGUGUUUUUACAUAAGUAGAAUGUGUCCUUUUUUUUAAAAUGCAUCUCUGCGUUAUUUGUGGGGCAUAGGAAUUUGUUCAUUAUUUUUUCCCAAAAAAUAUAGUCCAGCCCACCACAUGGUCUGAGUGAUGGUGGACCGGCCCACAGCUGAAAAAGGUUGCUGACUCCUGCCCUGAAGCAGUGUUUCCCAAACUUGGGUCUCCAGCAGUUUUGGACUACAACUCCCAUCAUCCCUUGCUAGCAAGUCCAGUGGUUAGGGAUGAUGGGAAUUGUAGUCCAAAAGCAGCUAGAGACCCAUGUUGGAGGAGCACCGCCCUAAAGGAUGGGUGAGCAUUAGAAGCCCUUUGGAUGUGAGCUGGAGAAGAAGCUGGAGAAGACUUCCCAGCUAAAGAGCUGCUCUUGGGAAAAUUGGAACUUGAGGCAAAAGCCCACCUACCACAACAGAUGCUCUUUACUCCAGAUAUCCCCCCGUGUAUGUUGCUGCCCCUUCCUUGCAGGCUGCUCCUGGAGAAAUGUCUGUUGCUUUGCUAGGUAUGAAGUAUGAAGCAAAGGUGCUAGGUGAAGUGUGGAACGAAAGAACUGAUUCCAGGAAAUCUGAGAGUGAGGGGCCAAAGACCUCCUCUGCAGGGAACCCUCAUAGUCCAAGGUCUUCGUACUCCAUUUUCUCCAGGGUCAACACUCGAGUUUGGCUCCCUAUAAUAUCAGCAAUGCUGAUAUUAUCUGUUGCUUUGCAAAGCCAGACCUUUUGGCCAAGAGGAUCCCCCACAAGAGUUGGGCUGAUGGCUCUGACUCCAAAUUUUCUUGGGCCUACUCUUCAAAGCUGAAUCCUUUCCUUGCUGAGGUCUGCCUUGAACAGCUGCCCAGACUGCUUCAGCAAUGAACCGAGCUAUGUAACCAUUUGGAAAUAAAUAGCUCAAUUGCUUUCUUUGCCAAUCUGAUGUGAGCCGAGGGAAGCUUGUCCAUCACUAAUUUCUGGGCAACAUUGCCAGGGCUUUUUUUCCCAGCCGGAACUCGCUGGAACUCAGUUCUGGCACCUCUCAGGUGGACACCGUUGCCAUUAUAAGAGAACAAUGGAGGCGUUCACGGAGAGUUCCAGCACCUCUUUUUCUAGAAAAAUAGCACUGAACAUUGCACUAUAUUAAGUCCCAGUUCUGCUUCCAGACAACUGCAGAAAAGCAAUGCCUCAGUAGUGCCAAAAAGCACCAAAGAAACCAAAUAUGCACUUUACAUUUAGUAAAGUACUUUUUAUUGUACAUUCAGUUGCUGUUUAGUUUAGUUUGUUUUAUGACAGAGUUGUUUGUUUGCUAUUUAUGGGAUUUGUUGGUAUGCAUUCUGUAAUUUUUGCAUUUAUUUUUAAAGUAUUUUUCCCCCUGUAUAUUUCUUUUAAUUGUUUCCCCACUAUGGGAUUGAACUAUUUAAUGAUGAGCAGGUUAUAAAUACUCAUUAAAAAAUAAAUACAUGUCCAGUACACAGAAGCAAAUGAGUGAAAUUACUUUUGCAUUUUCUGAACUCUCUAGGUUGUGCAUGCUCAUGGCAAGAAACAGGAAAUGACAAAACGAAGAUCGCCGGAGGGAAGGUGAGGGAACUUUUAGUCACUCCUAAUGCAUGCCAAGGGGCGCAGGUGGUGCUGUGGUCUAAACCACUGAGCCUCUUGGGCUUGGCGAUCAGAAGGUUGGUGAUUCGAAUCCCCGUGACGGAGUGAGCUCCCAUUGCUCAAUCCCAGCUCCUGCCAACCUAGCAGUUUGAAAGCACAUUGAAAACGCAAGUAGAUAAAUAGGUACCACUCUGGCAGGAAGGUAAAUGACAUUUCCGUGUGCUGCUCUGGUUUCACCAGAAGCGGCAUAGUCAUGCUGGCCACAUGACCCGGAAAAACUGUCUGUGGAAGCGGACAAACGUUGGCUCCCUCGGCCUGUAAAGUGAGAUGAGCACCGCAAUCCCAAAGUUGUAUGCGACUGGACUUACCGGUAACUGUCAGGGGUCUUUUACCUUUUUUUUAAUGCGUGCCAAGCAUGCAGCAUGGGAUGGAGAAUUAACUUCCGGAGAAAAUGACAGAGGAAGUCCUUUGCAUACAGAAACUCUCAGUUUCAACCCUCAGCAUUUUCAGGUAAAGCUUGGAAAUACUCCUAUCUGACAUCCUGGAAAGGUCUCUUCCAGUCCACGUAAGCAAUUCUGAACUAGAAGGGUCAACAAUACAAGGCAAUUUUGUAUGUUUCUGUAGCUGUCAUUCUGCUUAAGUAAGUUAUCAGCAUGGCACAAAUCUCUUAUUAAAAAUAUGAGGGAAAACUCAGAAGCAGGAAUGUCCCAGCUUUCAAAGCCCACUUAUUAUCCUCAUGAGUCACAACUGCUGGUAGUGCAAUAUUCCUCCCUCCCCACAUAUGAUUAGAAAGAAAUUUAGAUGAUUAGAAAGUAUUUGCAGAAGCAAAUAUUCGGCAACCAGUGGGGACGAUGAACUUAGUCUACUCCCCAGCCUCCCUCUCCAUUGCUGGACCACACCUGAAGGAAAGGUACUUUCAGCAUGUAACCCCACCUUGAAGAAAGGUGUCUGGACUUCAUUAAAAAAGGGGGAUAACAAAUGUUUAUUUAUGCCAAAUAAAGGCCCUCAGCCAAGGGGCUACUUUGGAAGGAAGGGAAGGUAUAAUAAUAAUAAUAAUAAUAAUAAUAAUAAUAAUAAUAAUAAUAGGCUUUAUGAUGAAAUCAUAGACUGGAAAUGUAAAUAAGGCUGUAAGAAAUACACCUAUGUUAAAAUAAAUAGGGACUUACUUCAGAGGAAAUAUGUUUCGGAUGGGAGCAUUGAUUUGACUGAUAACUGCUGUUUUCUUCCAGAAACCUGGCAUAUUGGACAAAGCAGGCCGCUCCAGAAAUGCCUUUUGCUCUUUCUGUGUCACAUGCCGAUAUUUUAUUCUGGAGCCGCCACUGCAACAACUACAAUACAAAUGGAUAGUAGCUGUAGAAUGAACAGCGACACAAGAUUGCAAUCCAAAGACUAAGGGAGAGUAACAUGCUAACUACACAAAGCACUGCUUUGAAGAACGAUGUAUGGACUUCAUGAAACAAAUGAAGAACAAAUGUAUAUUUAUUGCCUAAAUAAAGGCCCUAAACCUGGUGGUCUUCUUAAAUCAAUUCAGGCCAUAGAGAAUAUAAAAGGUACUAUGUACUUUAUGAAGAAACUUACUUUCAGUUUAAUGAUUACAGUGACACCUACUGUUCCCAAAUAAUCAAAAUUAUGUACAUUUCAUUCCGCAAUAUGUUAGGAAAUUAUUGUUCUGUAAUUCCCAUCUACAAAUUUAUUGCAUGGAUUUCAAAUGGAUUUCCAUUCCCUCUCAAACGGAUUGCAUUUUAUUACUUCAGAAAAGCUUUACAGCACAGUGAAAAAGCACAACUUUUUAUGACUCCGUGUAUUUAUAUUCGUGGUCCCACUCAAAGAAGGAAGGAUUUUAUGUAGCUCAAGACAUCUAUAAAUAGUAAAAUAAUAUCUCAUUAUUUGCAGUUUAUGGCUGCAGCACACGUCUGAAUAAUUUUAGUAUUAACUGCCACCAGGCACAAUCUGGCCAACCUUACACACAUCCGUCACAUUUAUCUCAAUGGGAGAAAAUUAAACACUUGAAUAUUUGGGGAUAUUUGCAACAUUCACUAACCAGACCUUUUUGAGGAAGCACUUAGAAGGCUGCAAUGUUUUGUUUUUCCAGUGGUUAUUUUAACUUGUUUUGCCCCUUGAAGGAGAGAUUAUGUUCAGAACUUGAGAAUGUAUUUUGUUAAAUAAAACUUUGCACACGCUCUGUGCAUAUCUUGUUGGCUUUGGUGCAUUGUCUUCAUGCUGCAGAAAUAGAGGCGGGGUGGACCAAUAAGCAGGGGAUCUUCAAAGGUUAGCUAACUUGUUGAACAUCUGCAUUAAGUGUUAUUAACAAAUCUUGUUCUAAGUUCAGAAAGAACAAGUUUGGUGAUAGCAAUCGGAGGAGCUCAGUAACCUAUUUUUAUUUUGUUGUGAAUCCCUAGCGAUAACUGUGUAGUAACAGAUUGCUUUGGUUAAAGGUGUAUUUGAAAAUAAUCAGGGAUUGUUAUGUGUAAGGAUGGGCAAUGUUUUAUUAAUUUCGGCUAUGCUGUGUAUCACAUUUGUGGGAAGAAACCCAGUGGGCGAGCUCACUUUUUCUGCUUUUAUUGGUCUACAGUUGAUUAGCUAACUGUAGAACUGGUCUGCUUUCAACAGUUGACGCUUGUAAAUAUAACGCUUUAAACACUUUAUUUGCUGUUGGGGUUGUGCUACAGUUAUCUGAAUUAACCAAGCCCAUUUCAGGAAUUGUCCCAAUUCUAGAUAAUUAAUUGUACCAUCUGCCAAAUUAAUGUGACUUAUCUGUCUCUUUUGUUUAUUCCCUGAGCUUUCCCCUUAAAAGUCUACCAGAUUCAUUAGUUUUUCUAUUUGGAGAUACAAUCAUUGAGCGUAAACAGCUGUUUGAUUUAUUUUUUAAAAAAGUUUAGGGUUUGCAAUCUCCCCUAGUCUUAUUUAGUACCUCUGGGUUCCUAGAAAUUUUAAUGUACAAACAGAAAUUUGAUUUCUUCCAUCUCCCAUCAAGAGUGAAAAACAACUUCCCAUUAUGAUGAAUAUGGAAUUCUAACAGAGAAAACCAUUGUGAGGAAUAUGAAUAUAUCCCAGUGAAGGCAAAAGACACUGAAGUAAGUAAGGUAAACAGACAUUUAAUACCAUUUUGAGAGAUUAUUUGUCAAAGAUGUGAAGGUCCUAUCUCGGAUAACGUGAUGUGUUAAGUACCUGCACCUGUUCUGUUCCCUCAACGGUGCCUCUACCACAUACAUUUGCCAGUUUCAAAUGUUAUUUGACUGAUUCCAUUAAAUUCUUUCAAGCUCUAAGAAUUAUGUAUAUGUAAGAAGAGGAGAGGGACUGUUGUGAUUAACAGUUGUCCUCCUGGCAACCUUGUCUUCCUUAAGGUAGUCCUUAAGAUACCUCAAGGCAUAUUUUCUGGCACUUUAUUUCAUGCACUCCUUUUUUGGGAGAAGAGAAACCCUCUUUGAGGAACUGCACCAGGGCCCCCAACCGCCUUAAUCCAUAUUUGGAUCUGGGAGAACUGUUAUUGAACACUAAAUCAGUCCAGAGUAAAGCAUAUACAGUGGUACCUCGGGUUACAGGCGCUUUAGGUUACAGACGCUUCAGGUUACAGACACCCAGAAAUAGUACCUCAGGUUAAGAACUUUGCUUCAGGAUGAGAACAGAAAUCGUGCUCCAGCGGCACAGCAGCAGCCGGAGGCCCCAUUAGCUAAAGUGGUGCUUCAGGUUAAGAACAAUUUCAGGUUAAGAACGGACCUCCGGAACGAAUUAAGUUCUUAAUCCGAGGUACCACUGUAUCAUUCAUUAGUUAAAUGAGGAUGGGCAGGGCCAGAUUUAGGUUUGAUGAGGCCCUAAGUUACUGAAGGUAAUGGGACCUUUUAUAUGUCCAGCUGUCCUUUGUUAACAACCAAUUGUUGCUGUUUUUUUGUGUUGAAUAUAUGCUGUAUGGUAAUUUAUUGACCUAAUAGGUAUCUAAAGCCAUUUGCACGUUGCCGUGCAACCAGUCCAUGCAAACUGUAGGCACCCUAUAUAUAUAUAGAAAUGAGCAAACCAGUGAUAUUUUAGGGAGCAGGGUAGCAAGCUCCCUACUUACAUCAUAGGAGCCUACACAACACAAAACACUGUUGCUGUAUGGUUUUAUUUUAUGUGUUUUUUAUCUUAUAUUUUGGAAAUGUACAUCCAGGUUUUUUCCCCUUUAAAUUUUUUGGGGGCCUGCAAGAGAGUGGGCCCCUAAGGUAUAGCUUGUUUAGCUUAUAUGUAAAUCCGGCACUGAGGAUGGGGGCGGCUGUGGUCUGUGAGGAUUCCAUCACCCAAUGUGGGAUUUGAUGCUGGCACCUGGUGUUGGGCACUAAGAUAUUUUUUUUUCCUUUUCAUUUGCACAACUUUUCAUUUGUCAAGUGACUUCAUGAGUCAGCAGUGCUUAACAUGAGUUAACAGAGUGAUGCAGCAGCAAAAAAAACAACCCUAAUGCUUCAUCAACAGAAGUCUAGUGUCCAGAUCAAGGGAAGCAAUAGCACCGCUCCAUUUUGCCUUGGUCAGAUCACACCUGGAAUACUGUGUCCAAUUCUGGGCACCACAAAUUAAGAAGGAUGUUCACAAGCUGGAACGUGUGCAGAGGAGGGCAACCAAGAUGGCCAAGUGUCGGGAAACCAAGCCUUACAAGGAGUGCUUGAAGGAGCUCAGUAUGUUUAGCCUAGAAAAGAGGAGGCUGGCGGGAGAUAUGAAAACCACCUUCAGAUAUCUCAAGGGCUGUCACAUAGAAGAUGGAGGAAGCUUGUUUUCUCCUGCUGGAAGGUCUGACUUGAACCAGUGCCUUCAAAUUACAAGAAAGGAGGUUCUGCCUAAACAUCAGGAAGUACUUUCUGACAGUAACAGCUGCUUGACAGUGAAAUGGUCUCCCUUGGGAGCUUGUGGACUCUUCUUACUUGGAGGUUUUUAAGCAGAGAUUGGAUGGCCAUCUGUCAUGGAUGAGAUUCCUGUAUUGCAAGGGGUUGAACUAAAUGACCGUUGGGGUCCCUUCCAGCUCUAUGAUUCUUUGAAUCACCUUAAAGGUAAAGGGUCCCCUGACCAUUAGGUCCAGUCGUGGCUGACUCUGGGGUUGUGGCGCUCAUCUCGCUUUAUUGGCCGAGGGAGCUGGCGUACAGCUUCCGGGUCAUGUGGCCAGCAUGACUAAGCCGCUUCUGGCGAACCAGAGCAGCGCACGGAAACACUGUUUACCUUCCUGCUGGAGCAGUACUUAUUUAUCUACUUGCACUUUGAUGUGCUUUCGAACUGCUAGGUUGGCAGCAGCAGGGACCGAGCAACGGGAGCUCACCCUGUUGCAGGGAUUCGAACCGCCGACCUUCUGAUAGGCAAGUCCUAGGCUCUGUGGUUUAACCCACAGUGCCACCUGCGUCCUUUUGAAUCACCUUAGGAUAUACCAAAUGUGAUCCUAUCUGUGCAGGACUAGGUUUGCUACUACAGUUGUCCAUGCACUAGUAACUUCUCAUUUGGAUUACUACAAUGAGCUACAUGUGGGUUGCCUUUGAAAACAUUAGCUCUUCUGUAAUAAUAACAAUAAAUUUUUAUUUAUACCCCACCCUCCUCAGCCAGAGCCGAGCUCAGCAUGGCUAUCACCAGUAAAAUUACAAUAAAAACAUAAUGGGGGGGCAAUUUAAAAUACGGGUUAAAAUACAAUUUAAAAUGCAGCCUCAUUUUAAUAGUAGCCCAUAGAUCAAAACCAUAAGGGGAGGGAAACAUAAGGGUCAGACUGAGUCCAAACCAAAGGCCAGGUGGAACAGCUCUGUCUUGCAGGCCCUGCGGAAAGAUGUCAAGUCCUGCAGGGCCCUAGUCUCUUGUGACCGAGCAUUCCACCAAAUCGGGGCCAGUACUGAAAAGGCCCUGGCCCUAGUUCAGACCAAUCUAACCACCUUGCGACCUGGACAGCAAAAAAAUUCUUCUCCUUUUCCAUAUUAUAGUUUUAUAUACUGCUUUUUAUUUACAAAAGAGAAAGAGGUAUAAAUACAAUAUAACAUAAACAUAAUAAAAAACAACAAUAUCCAAUAAAAAUCAAUAACCGUCAGUAAAGUAUUAUUGCAGGAACCAAGUACAUCAAGGAUCUGGUACUGGCGAUAAUGGAAAGCAUGGGUGAAUAACCCACAGUGGAUGCCCACCUCAUCUCAAUAGGGAAAGUACUCCACAAGACACUGGGCACAACAGAGAAAGUUAAGACUGCCAAUACAACAUGAAGAUAGUUCUUUGCCACCUGCUCUGUCAAAUUCAAAGUUCUGGCAUGUUUGCCUUUAAAACCCUAAAUGGCUUGAUACCAGGUUUUCUGAAGGACCACCUCCUCCCAUAUAGACAUACAGUAUCUGGACCCUAAGACCAUAUUCUGAGGCCCUUCUGUGCAUUCCCCACAGUUGUCUGCUAGAGAAAGUCUUUUCAGUGGUGGCACAUCAUCUGUAGAAUGUCCUAUCCAGAAAUAGCAUCUUUUUGACAUCAGGCAAAGACCCUUCUAUUUUCCCAUGCAUUUUAAUUUGCAAACCAUUUGGUGAUUUUUCAGGUCUUUGUACUGAUCUUACUCUUUGUUGUUGGUGUUCUACUCUGCAGUUGGUAUUAUCCUGCUUUGGAUUUCAUAUUAUGUCUUAUUUCUACACUUUAUGGUUGUAAACAGCCCAGAGAAUUGCAGUCACUGCUCUGCAAACAAGCAGCCAUACCCCCAAAAUUCAGGCCACUGUGAAUUUGCUUCACCCUGUUAAGUCAUUGAUUUAAUCAGUGUUUUUUUCAUCUAAGCACCAUCUGCCUCACAGUCCAAAUGUUAAAGCAGUGUUGGGGCAGAGUGCAUCUCUGAAUGCAGGAACAACUUUUGCACUACUAAUCUUCACAGAGUCACAUGUUCCACCUGGACUGUGACCCCUGAGUUCUUUCAGCAGAAACAUCUUUGGAUCCAGAAGUCUGCAACUGGAGCAUGACAAAUCUGUGGUCACCUUGGGAAAGCAGAACUGUUUUUAAAGUAGCCUUAAUCUGGCCAAACCAGACAUUCCUUUUAGGUAUUUUGUGUCUGAAUGAUCUAUGAUAAUGUUAAUGGGCUUUGUCAUUUAUUUGGAUUCACCACUCUGCCAAGGGCAAGGCCUGUGGUUUGAAACAAUCAUGUUUGCAUAUACAGAAUUUAUCCUUUAUAUUCCUGCACUUUCUACUUAUUUUGUUUUGCAAUUAUAAAUAAUUAACAUCCCUUUAAUGAUUUUUUUAUUUCAAAUUGCUCUACCUUAAGGGCUGUAUUUUUUAUUUUAUUUUUUUACCCCAGGCACACAUGUAACCUCCAGUAGAAAAUUAAGAGUUAUGGAGUUAUGUACCAGAGGAAGCUGUGUUCUUUAAAAAAGGGGGGGGAACCUCUUAAAAAUGCAAAUCUAUGCAACACCGAUGCCAAAAUAGCUGCUCCAGUAAGUGAAACUAAUGUGCUGAACUUGCCAGUACAAUAAUCCAAAAUAUGGAAUGGAUCCCAAACAGCAAAGUUCUGAAUUCUAACUUUUCUCAGUAGUAAACAGCGUGUUACCAAUACAGCUAACUUUCAUUCCUUGAAGAUACUUUAUGCAGGAGUUGAAAGGAACUGCCCUUAAAUGCAAAUUUCUAAUUUUGUAAUGAAAGUUAUCUAUUGACCGAACAAAUUUAAGUAGACUUUCCCACAGCACUUUGACUACUCAAGUGUGGUUGCUUCUUCUGCCGACUGCACUGGGGGCGUUCAGCAUGACUGGCUUAAAUGCCCCCCUGGCCAGCCAGGCAUGAAAGCAGACAAUGUCUGGCCAACCAGCAAGGCACUGACCAGCAUUAAGGGCCUCUGAUUGGCCCGUUUGAACUUAAGGGAAUUUAGGCUUCCAGAGGCUUUCCUCUGGCUCUAUUCCAAUAUAUAAUAUAGGGUUUAUUCAGUCAACAAGCUUUUGUUGAACAUCACCUUGAUCUCAGAACAGUGUGAGAUCCAGGCACUUACCCAGGGUCUGUGUUUCCUUUGGAAAUGAGGCACAGAGGAGACUGUGGUGUCUUUAUGUGAUAUGGCUUAUUAUUUACACAUAUAACCAACCUGAGCCUUUGAUGGAGGGGCAGCGAUUUUUAAAAAUUGGCAAAGAGAAAUUUCAAGGUAUAUCUGGCAGGGUAAGAAGCCGAGGAUAAAAUUUAAGAUAUUGACAGACACAAAAGAAAGAGGAGGCUUCGCCCUGCCAGACUUGAAAUUGUAUUAUGAAGCAUCUUGCCUCUGUUGGUUGAAGGAAUGGAUGAAAUUAGAAGACACAGAUGUGUUAGAUCUUGAAAGUUUUGAUAACAGAUUCGGGUGGCACGCGUAUUUGUGGUAUGACAAGAAAUGGGUGCAUAAAGGUUUUGAAAAUCAUAUUAUAAGAAGGUCUCUGAUUGAAGUGUGGGAAAGAUAUAAAAAUCUGUUGGAACAAAAAACUCCAUAUUGGUUGUCACCGUUGGAGGCAAUGAGUGUGAAGAAAGUCAAUAUGACAGGGGGAUGGGUGACAUAUGAGAAGUUAAUAUGUAAAAGUGAAGGAAAAUGGAAAAUGAGACCAUUUGAAGAAGUUAAGGACUAUGUGAAUGACUGGCUGCAUUUUUUUCAAAUUAAUGAGAUGUUUAGAAAAGAUUUGAAUCAGAGGGAUUUUGCUGAUAAAGAAUCAAAAUUUCAGACAGAAAUACUGAAUAAUGACUAUAAGAUUUUAGCAAAAAUGUAUAAGAUAUUAUUGGAAUGGUGUACAAAGGAUGAGGAGGUAAAAUCAGUUAUGAUUGACUGGGCAAAAGAUAUAGGGUAUAAUAUACAAAUGGAGGAUUGGGAAAGACUCUGGAAAGAAGGUUUAAGAUUCACUGCAUGUACAGUUAUAAAAGAAAAUGUUAUGAAAAUGAUGUACUGAUGGUAUGUAACACCUGUGAAGUUAGCAAAAAUGUAUAAGACAAGUAACAAAUGUUGGAAAUGUAAAGAAAAAGAAGGUACCUUUUUUCAUAUGUGGUGGGAAUGUAAGAAGGUAAAAUGCUUCUGGGAGAUGAUUUAUAAUGAAUUGAAGAAAAUGUUGAAAUAUACAUUUGUUAAGAAACCAGAAGCUUUCUUACUAGGCAUUACAGGUUAUGAGAUAAAUAAGAAAGAAAAGAAGUUAUUUUUAUAUGCAGUGACAGCAGCAAGAAUACUGAUGGCCCAGAAAUGGAAACAGGAGGAGCUACCUACGAUAGAAGAAUGGAGAACUAAAAUGAUGGACUAUGCAGAACUGGAUAGAAUGACUGGAAGGAUCCGGAAUCAACGAGAUCAAAGAUUUACAGAAGAUUGGGAAAAGUUUAUCCAAUAUAUGCAAAAACUGAGUGAUAAUCAAAUUACGUUUGUAAGUUUUAAGGAAGCUCUGUGAGGGGAAAUGGUUAAAAUGGCAGAAAUGCGUUAAAAGUAAUAAAGGGAAGGAAUUGCAGACAAAUUGAGGGAAGUCAAAAAGAGAAGUAAGAUUUAAUUAAGAUGUAUGGAGUAUAUAAACUUGUUUUUUUGUAUCUGAAAACCAAUAAAAAUAUAAUAUUAAAAAAAAAGAGAGAAUACAGCUUCUGGCAGUUCAGCAUCCAGUGAGAACAAACCAGUUCCUGUGCCUCUAGGGUAGGGUGAGAUUGUAUUCAUGUGUAAACAAAACUGUAUAUCCUAAAGACCCCAUGGUUUCUGCCUCACUCUGAAGGAAACUCAAACCCUGGGUGAAUGCCCAGAACUUCCAACCACUCAGAGAUUGCGGUGGCCUGCUGCAAUGAGCUAAAGAAAAUGUUUUAAAAUACUUUUAUUAAAAAAACAGAAGCCUUUUUAUUGGGUAUAGUGGGUGAAGAGAUACCAAGGGAAGAUAAAAGACUGUUUAUGUAUGCAACAACUGUGGCAAGAAUUCUCUCAGCCCCAAAAUGGAGACAACAAGAAGUACCAAUGAAAGAAGAGCGGCAGAUGAAGAUGAUGGACUUUGCAGAACUGGCAAAGCUGACAAGAAAAAAAACCGAAACCAGCAUGAUCAAGUAUUCCAAAAGAGUAAAUAUAUACAAUAUCUGAAAGAUUAUUGUAAGGAAUUAACAUCACUAGCAGGGUUGUCUGAAGACUUGUAAUGAGAAUUUUUCUACCUUCCUGUAUUUAUUUAAAUUUUGAGCUAUUUUGUAAUGAGUGUAAUUAGAAUUGGAAAACAUAUAAAAUGCAAUGAUAUAUAAAGGUUAAUUUUGAAAGCCAUGAGGCGGGCGGGAAGGAAGUCAAUAGGCUCUAAAGACCCAGGGAGGUGAAGUGGAUAACGAUGAUGUGAAUGUAUAUUAUUAAAUGGAAAAUAAAUAAAAAUUGUAUACAAAACAAAACAGAGAUUGCGGUGGCCUGCAACAAGUUGGUUGCACAUCAACUCAAAAUAUGGCAGGCAUCAUGUCCUGUAUUUCCCUCUUUCCCCAGGUCUUUUUCUUCCAGAGCAGUGACGAAGAAAGUAGGGCAGCUGCUGGUGAUGGCAACAUAAAUAAAAUAUCGAGGGGGGGUAUCAGGUAAUCAGCCCCCCUGCAUAAUCAAUCACAUGACAGGGCACACACACCAUAUGAAUUACCGUGCCCAUCAAUUGGGGGGGGUGCAGUCCCCUCAAAUAAUUUUUUUGGGGGGGCCAAGACCCCUCACCCCUUUGGAGUCGCCUCCUGCGGCAGCAGCCGCAGGACCAUCUGGCCUCCCGCCGGCUUCGCGGGACACCUGGCGGCCCCUCCUGUUGCUGCUGCUGUUGUCAUGGCUCCUUCCCAGCAAGCAGCGCCCGCUCCGGCGGCGCCGAGAUAGUUGCCUGGCCGGGAGCGGCUAGGAGAGCCGGGGCUGGGGGAGGAGAGCCCGGCCGGAUUCACGGGCCGGGCGCGCGUUUCUCCGAGGGCGCAAAAGGAGCCGAAGGGGACCUCGCCCGGCAGAGGGAAAGCGGGUCUCUCUCGACACCCGCCUCUCCCCGGAGACGGACAAAAGACUGAACCUCAGCUGAACUUCGGGAGGGCGAGGGUCACCCUCGGCCCAGCCGGGCUCGGGGCGAGGCGGAGGGGCAGCUCGUUAGGCCGGAACGGCGGCGCAAGCUCCUCGCGGGACCCGCACUCGACCACCGGCGCUGCUGCUGCAACUGUAAGGCGCUGCGCAAACCCCUCCUUGGAUCUCGCUCUUUCCUGUCUUUUGGGAACCUCCCCUCCCAUCCCCCCCAAGGGAGCAUCCCGGUUCGGUCGGGAGCGUUCAGGGGGGCGCUGCUGGAGGGGGUGGGGGGCGCCAGCCUCUCUCGGCCAGCCUCGUUUUUCCAGGGGGGUGGGGAGAAGGGGGUUGCGCGCACCGCUGCGCCCGCGGAGGGCUCGGCCAGGCCUGGCCUGCGUGGGGCGGGGGGAGACCGGCUGGCGGAGCGAAGGCCGCCUGUUGCUUCUUGGGCAGGAGCUGCUGGCGCUGGCCCGGUUCCAGCAGCGGGACCUGCCGGAGGGAGGAGGGGGCGGGGGCGGGUCUCGGUCCGGGUCUUCACUCGGCGGCUGGACGAGCAGGAGGGAUGCGGCGGGCCGGUUCUGCGUCUGCCGCGGGUGGUAGGAGGAGGGGGAGGAGGGAUGGGGAGGCCCACCAAAGCGCGCCUUCCCCGGCCUGGCCUGCUGGGCUCCGUCUCCCCCUCCCUUUCCUCUGGCGAGGAGUUUCCUGCGGUCACGCUCCCUGCUCGCCUUCCCAAGCAGCUCUGGUUCCUACUCUCUGGUCUCUCCCCCCCCCCCCCCCCGAUCGCCCUGAAACACUUCGGGUUGGCCGUGCUACGGGAGUAGAUGCAACAUCUUUGUUUUUUGGGAGGGGGGGCGGACCGGGGAGAGAGCAUCUUCUCCCCUCCCGUUAGGCGAACUGAGGAGCUGCGAAUGGGAAAGAACUUGCAUUGUUGAGAAGGGUUUUUUUUUGGGGGGGGGAGAUGUGCUCCGUUUGCAUGCGCGGUGGAGCGGGCUGGGGGGCGAAGGAUGCCAAGGAAGCAUCAUCAUCCCCAGUUGAAGGAGGUCUGGCUAGCUUCGCUUUUUCGCCCUCCUCCGUGGAAACAGCUGAAGAGGACGAAAGGGAGGCGAGAACUCCGCCUUAACCUGGGCUGGGCGUUGUUUAACAAGGCUGAUGUUGUGUUGGAAAUACGGCGGAAAGAUGAAUAUAGCCCCUCUCUUUCGGUGCACGUGAAUAGGUAGAACUAGGUUUCUAACCUGUUGUAAUAGCUGGGAGCACAGAGAUAAGGAGUUGAUAAUUGCUUCAGAUACAAUUAGCGUGCAAUAGAAGAGUUUAUUGGUGUGUAGGCAGGAGUAAAGUGAGCAAAACCGUACAGACAUCCUGCACGUGCUAAUAAAUCCACUCCUUUUAUCUCGCAGUGAAAAUGCCUGAUAAUCAGCUGGUGAUCAUUGAGGGGGAAGUAAUAGCAACCCCUCUGUAUUAAGGGAUAGCUGACGUGUCAAAUGGUCCUGAUCAAAACCAGUGUAUGAGCAUAGUCCUCACUGCUUAUAAUAUUUGUAUCAGGAUGUGCCCAUUCUGCGGGAAACAUGAUUCGGCAAUGCUUUCCCAAAGCAAGAAGGGGCCAGUCUAUGCAAAACACUAUUUCUGUGUUUUCAAAAUAAAUGCAGGUCUGUAGUAAGCCCCAAAGCUCCAGUUCAGAGUUUAAGUGCACUUCAUUAUUUUUUUUAAGAUAUUUAUUAAAAUUUCAACAUAUUACAAAAAUGAGCGAAAAAAGAAAAAGGAAAACAGAUACAAAAAGAAAAAAAAUAGAAAAAUAGAAAAAUACAAAAUAAAAACAGUUAAACGAACAGAUUAGUCUUUCUAUGUCUUAUCCUUCAUUUACUUGUUUCCUCGACCUCCUCGCACCUCCCUUUUUUGUAUUCCAGUUCACAUAUUUUGUUCAGCAGUUCCCUCCCCUCUUUUAAAUAUCCUAGUCAAUAAUCAUAAAGAUAUUGUACUUUUAGAUUUUUACAUAUUACAUAGUAAACCCUUUUUUUCAUCUUCCCUUGUAACAUUUCAGCUAAGAACCACUUAGUUUUUAUCGAACAUCAUUCUAACAUUCAUUAACUUUACAAUAUUUCUGUAGAUAAUCUUUGAAUUUCUUCCAAUCUUCUUCCACCGACUCUUCUCCCUGGUCUCGGAUUCUGCCAGUCAUUUCCGCCAGUUCCAUAUAGUCCAUCAGCUUCAUCUGCCAUUCUUCCAGGGUGGGUAGAUCUUGUGUCUUCCAAUACUUUGCAAUAAGAAUUCUUGCUGCUGUUGUGGCAUACAUAAAGAAAGUUCUGUCCCUCUUUAACACCAAUUGGCCGACUGUGCCCAGGAGAAAGGCCUCUGGAUUCUUCAAGAAGGUAUAUUUAAAUACCUUUUUCAAUUCAUUAUAUAUCAUUUCCCAGAAAGCCUUAAUCUUUGGGCACGUCCACCAAAGGUGAAAGAAUGUACCUUCAGUUUCUUUACAUUUCCAACAUUUAUUAUCGGGCAAAUGAUAGAUUUUUGCAAGCCUGACUGGGGUCAUGUACCACCUGUAUAUCAUUUUCAUAAUAUUCUCUCUUAAGGCAUUACAUGCCGUAAAUUUCAUACCUGUGGUCCACAACUGUUCCCAGUCAGCAAACAUGAUAUUGUGUGCUAAAUCUUGUGCCCAUUUAAUCAUAGCAGAUUUCACAGUUUCGUCCUGAGUAUUCCAUUUCAGCAACAAGUUAUACAUUCUUGACAAAGUCUUAGUAGUGAGUUCUAACAGUUCUGUUUCCAAUUUUGAUUUCUCCACCUGGAAGCCAAUUUUCUUAUCCAAAUUAUAUGCCUCCAUUAUCUGAUAGUAAUGAAGCCAGUCUCGCACUUUGUUUUUUAGUUUCUCAAAGCUCUGCACAGAGUUUAAGUGCACUUCAGUCCACUUAGCUCUCCGUUGCAUUGCAACUAUUGAGUUUUAGUGGUGCACUAUCUAUUUUAAAUCAUUAGCUUUCCUGAAAAUCCCAACCACUGUAAUCUCUGUGGUAUUGUGUAGAGAUUACCAGACUGCAGUGUCAGACACUUCGUAGGCUUACUUAUAUAAAUUGACGUAUUUAGCUAUCUCUACAAGUGUCCAUUCAGACUGAUUUACAGUAUAGCAUACAAUGGGUGAAUUCUGUCCUCAGCUAAUUGUGCAGAUCUGUAUGUGUUUAAUUAGAAUGAAGCUUCAAAUGGUAUGUGCUUUUUGUUUCUGAUUGUGGCGGUUCUUAAUUUAGUUUUUCUAAAGGCUUUUAUGGACUAGUGAAUAACUAUAGUACAGUAUAAACACUCCAUGGCAGUACAGAGACUUUCUCUCUAGUGUUUUUACAUAUAGGAGGAGAAGUGUCUUGGGUUCUGUGUAUCAUGACCCUGUCUGCAAAGAUGUCUUGUAUUUACUUGAUAAUAUAGCACCUAUUUUAAAGAAAGGCUCACAUGACAUUUUGGAGAACUGUGCUUGAUUAUUGAUGGCAGUCUCCUCUCCAGUAAGCAGUUCAGUGCACUCACUGAAAUGAAUGCCAGCAUAUUAAUGGAUCUUAGUGUGGUCUAGUAAGUUUUCUUUGCUUUGCCAAUGACAAAACUACACUCUAAACCUAAGGAGGAAAGGUGGUAGGCAGCCUUUUCAAUAAGCAAGUUAGGCUGUUGUAGUUGACUUGAAGUCAUUUUGUAUCCGGCUGUUUAUUCUGCUUUGCUACAGUGACAUGUUUUGUCACAUUGCACAGAUGGUGGGCAUUGCAACCCAUUGCAAUUGACUUGUUGGGCCAGCAAACAGGUUUGAGCACAGAGUUAUAAGAAGCCCAGAUUAAGGACAGAUAAUGGGUGUGUUCACAUGUUACAUUCAACACAUGUGCAAUCUCUGUACCUGGAUACACAAGCAGUUUAGGGGGUACAUUUGUACAGUAUUCACAUGCAGAGUUCAGUGACUGUACAGUAUAUGUACUCUGGUGCAGAAUUGUUGUACUCUUGUAGCUAUUCACAUGUCAUACCCAACGGAUGUAGUCUCCAGUUUAUACUGCCAAGAAAAGAAAAUUGCUUCAGUGACAUGAUUUAAAUACAUUAAGUGAAACCAUUCCCUUUUACUGGCAACAAGGCAAGGCAUGCUGAGACUGUUAUACCUCCCAAAGCUGUUUCCUACCAAUAUUAAUUAAUUAAUUUUUAUUUAAUUACAUUUAUAUCCCACUUUUCCUCCAAGGACCGCAAGGUAGGGCAUACAAUUCUCGCCCUCCUCAUUUUAUUUUCACAACAACCCUGUGAAGGAGAAAUGGCUGAAAGACUGUAAGUGACCCAAGGUAACCCUUUGGGAUUCAUUUUUUUUUUUUUAAAGCAAUUUAUUGGGUUUUACAAUAAGAAUAAACAUAAUAAACAAUAUAACAUUUGUCUUAACAUAGUUUCACAUUUUCUUUGGACUUCCUCACAUCCCCCGCUCCCACUUUCAUCGUUAUAACAUUUUGUCAGCAAUUUAUCAUCUUAUUUAAAUUCUUAUAUGUCUUCAAUGUUUCAUAAUCUUAUAGUUCUCAUAGAGAGUUAAACUUUCAUAGUCUUACUUAUUUUCUUAAAAACUCCUAAGUUAAGUGGUGCUCAGUUAUUUAGUCUAGCAUCUUAUUUAGCAUUCACUCAAAUCACAAUAUUUUUGUAGAUAGUUCUUAAAUUUCUUCCAAUCCUCCCCUUUGGGAUUCAAACUGGUCUCCCAGAUCCUAGUCCAACACUCUUUUAAGUAUUAGACCACACUGACUGCCUUUACAUUAAGUAGAAAAAGUUGUGGCAGAAAGGGGAACAUAGUUUUAUUAUUUCCAUUUUUUUCCUGCAGUCUCUUCUUUUAUAACUAAAACACAAGCUUUUGAAAUGAAAACACCAACUCCUGUAAGGACCUUAAUUAUAGAUAUGAAAAUACUGCAGAUCAAAAGUUAUAUCUGUUAUUCCCAAGAAUAUUCAUGGUUUUCUUUGAUGUAGGCCUUUUACAGCAAAAUCCUAUACAUGUUUACAUUCCUUACAGUUCAAUGGGGUGUACAGUAAGCCCACAACUUAUACACAUUCACUUUGUGCGGAUUCAGGUUUAAGCACUUUUCAAUUAAUAAUAACAAUAACAAUAAUAAGCAGGUGGAAAGUGGGAGGGCAUCAGGGGGGGGGGAAGACUUUGGCAAUCCCACCCAGCAUUGACCUCAUUGUGUUUUGAUUGAAUGGGAUUUUGGCUUUGGGCGCAAUCCCCAGAUUGUAACCCCUGUGUUGUGUAAUGGUUAGUGUGUUGGACUAGGACCUGGGAGACCAGGGUUCGAAUCCCCACUCAGCCAUGAAACACACCAGGUGACCUUGGGCCAGUCACCAUCUCUUAGUCUAUCCUACCUCAAAGGGUGGUUUUGAGUGGGACUGUGAGAUAUAUUGUCCAAAACCAGUUUGAAAUCCAUGUUGUGACAUCAGUUUCACAAUUUUAGACCUAGCAAUGGAUCACAAAUCAUAUGCUUUUGUGUGUGUGUGUGUGUGUGUGUGUGCACGCGCACUAUGCAAAAAAUCACAAUGUGGGGGAAACUGUGAAGCCAGCCCAUGCUUCUACAUAGUUCCAUCCUUAUUUCAGACAUUGUGAUAUAUCACUAUAUCACGAUGCUUAGCUGGUGAUACAUUGUGAUGUUGAAAACCAGGUAUCGCCCAGCUGUAGCUGUGAGGAAGAAAUGCGGAGGGGGAGAACCACUGCACCACCUUGAGAUCCUUCUAAGAUAAAGGUGCUCUAUAAAUGCAAUAAAUAAAUUAAAUUGUGGGUUUACAGUACCCCUACACAAAUCUGCAUAACAUCAGCCCUAAAUGUACCGAAUGAAAAUAUUUUGAGGAAGAGGCAGCAUCAUGGUGGCCUAACAUCCUAAAAAUACUGGAAGCAGCCUUUUGAUCUACAUAGACUGUUAUAUAUAGAGCCAGUGUGGUGUAGUGGUUAAGAGCGGUAGACUCAUAAUCUGGUGAACCGGGUUCGCUUCCCCGCUCCUCCACAUGCAGCUGCUGGGUGACCUUGGGCUAGUCAUAUUUCUCUGAAGUCUCUCAGCCUCACUCACCUGACAGAGUGUUAGUUGUGGGGGAGGAAGGGAAAGGAGAUUGUUAGCUGCUUUGAGACUCCUUAGGGUAGUGAUAAAGCUGGAUAUCAAAUCUAAACUCCUCCUCCUCCUCCUCUUCUUCUUCUUCAUGCAUAGUUAAUACCAUGUAUGCAUUCAUCCACUAAAACAGAUUUUUAUCACUGCCUGUGGAUCAAAUCUUGCCGUGAGGCUCUCAUAAGACCAAAACGUGAAAGAUUCCUGGAAGUUGAAAGCAGCAGCAGAGCAAGCAAGCAGCCAGCUGCAUAAUUAGCAGGACAAUUAAUAUCCCGUUAAAAAAAAUACCUGGUGCUUCAAAGAAAACACUCUGGUCAGCCAGGCAAACUGUUUGGGGGCAGGGGUGCCAACUUGAAUAAAAUAAUAUUUUGGGGGGAGGGGGCGCAGGUAAGCCCCAGCUCGCAUAACUAAUCCUAGGACAGGGCGCGCGCACACAGCAUCUGAAUGGCUUUGCCCAUUAACUUUUUUAGGAGGGGGUCUGUCCUCCUGAAAUAUUUUAUUGGGGGUGGGGAGAAGGUAACCUGGCCCCUAGAAGAUUGGGGAGGGGGUUCCAAAGUUGAGGCGCCGUGACCGAAAAAUGGUCCCGGUAGCUACCCACCUAAUGGCGAAAUGGGGCGCGGGGGAGGGGGAGAAUGAAGAAACUUCUUAACACGUGUUGGAGAGGAGAGCUGGGCCGAAUCCGACCCUCGCUUUCUCCCUCCCUCCCGCCGCCCGCUCGCUCGCUUCGUUCCUCCCAGAGCAGCCGCGGGGAAAAUAGGGCAACUGCCGCCGCAGGAUUCAGGGGCCGGGGAGCCGGCGCGCGUUUCUCCGAGGGCGCAAAAGGAGCCGCCGAGGGGGCCUCGCCCGGCAGAGAGAAAGCGGGUCUCUCUCGGCACCCGCCCCUCCCCGGAGACGGACAAAAGACCCUCCCCGCGACGCCCUCAGCUGAACUUCGGGAGGGCGAGGGUCACCCUCGGCCCAUCCGGGCUCGGGGCGAGGCGGAGGGGCAAUUCAUCAGGCCGGAGGCUCCUUGCGGAACCCGCACACGACCACCGGCGCUGCUGCUGCAACUGUGAGGCGCUGCGCAAACUCCUCCUUGGAUCUCGCUCUUUCCUGUCUUCUUGGGAACCUCCCCUCCCAUCCCCCCCAAGGGAGCAUCCCGGUUCGGUCGGCGGCGUUGAGGGGGGGGGCGCUGCUGGCGGCGGGGGUGGGGGGCGCCAGCCUCUCUCGGCCAGCCUCGUUUUUCCAGGGGGGUGGAGAGAAGAGGGGUCGUGCGCGCCGCUGCGCCCGCGGAGGGCUCGGCCAGGCCUGGCCUGCGUGGGGCGGGGGGAGACCGGCUGGCGGAGCGAAGGCCGCCUGUUGCUUCUUGGGCAGGAGCUGCUGGCGCUGGCCCGGUUCCAGCAGCGGGACCUGCCGGAGGGGGGAGGGGGAGGGGGCGGGUCUCGGUCCGGGUCUUCACUCGGCGGCUGGACGAGCAGGAGGGAUGCGGCGGGCCGGUUCUGCUUCAGCGUCUGCCGCGGGUAGGAGGAGGAGGAGGAGGGAUGGGGAGGCCCACCAAAGCGCGCCUGCCCGGGCCUGGCCUGCUGGGCUCCGUCUCCCCCCUCCCUUUCCUCUGGCGAGGAGUUUCCUGCGGUCACGCUCCCUGCUCGCCUUCCUUCCCUUCCCGUCGCUCUCCCAGCUCCCUUUACCGUCCAGAAACACUCGGGAUCAAUGCGACGCCUUUGCUUUUUUUUGCGGGGGGGGGGGGCACCGGGGAGCAGCGAGCAUCCUCUCUUCUCCCCUUAGGGAGUUCAAAUGGAAAGGAACUUGCAUUGCUAAGAGGAGAAGAUGCGGGGAGGGGGGGGAGAGAGAUGCGCUCUGUUUGCAUGCGCAGUGGAGCGGGCAGGGAGCGAGGAUGCCAAGGAGCAUCAUCCUGAGCCGGAGAGAGCCAGACUUGUCGCUUUCACAUUUUUGCCCUCCUCUGUGAAAGCAGCUGGAGAGAACUAAUGCAAGGUUACCAGACUUCCCCGUUUCCCGGGGACAGUCCCCGGAUUUACAAAUCAGUCCCCCAUACAGAAUCCAUUGAAGUUUAAAAGUGUCCCCGGAUUCAUUGAAAAAUAAUCUGGUAACCUUAAACUAAAGCGAGCCGAGAACUCCGCCUUUGCCCUUGUUGGAAGCGAAACACUGAGAGUUAGUUGUGGUCGCGGCUACACACUCAGGAUCAUUACCCUUGGCUAGGCGUUGCUUAACAAGGGUUAUUCCCUUGUGUUUAAAAUGACUGGUUGAAAAAAAAGUUGAGAAAUGCACAAUCCUCACACUUUUGGCGUGCUUGAAUGGGUAGGGUUUUAGUCUGCUGGGAGCACACAGUUAAGGACUUGAUCAUUACUCCACAUUGAAUUAGCCUGGAGCAGAAGAGUAUUGGCUUUGUGUAUAUGCAGGAGCGAAGUAAGUAACUGGGUAUAGGUGUUAUCCUGCACACCCAGCUGCUUUUACAUCUCAUGCUGAAAAGGCCCAAACGUCAGUCGCUGCUCAACAUAUUAAUUGCUCGGGAUUUGAUAUAAUCCCCUGUGUUAAAGUACAACUAAUGUGUAUAAUGGUCCCGAUCAAAGUCGGUGUGUGAACAUAGUCCCCACUGCCCUUAAAUUUGUGUGGCGUGUGUCCAUUCUGCUGGACAUAGGAUGCAGCAACACUUGCCCAAAGCAAGAGGGGGUCAGUAGUAGUGUAUGGAAAACACCAUUUCAGUGUUUUUGAAAUUAAUGCAGUAAGCACAAAAACCCCAGUUCAGAGCUAAAGUGCAUUUCAGUUCACUUAACUCUCUUUCGCAUUGUGACUGUUAGAUUAAAGUGAUGCACUAUCUAUCUUAAUCAUUAGCUCUUUCCUUCUUUCUUUCUUUCAAUCAACUACCUCUGUGCUACUCUCUGGAGAUCAUGCGGCUAUCUUUAAAGUGUGGAUCUAGAAUAAUUCACAAGAGUGCAAAUAAGGAGUGAAUUCUUUCUUCAAGUAAUCAUGCAGAUCUGUAGGUGUUUUGUGCAAUACAAUUAGAAUCAAACUUCAAAUGGUAGAUGUUUUUUGUUUUGGUUUGUGGUGGUUCUUAAUUUAGUUUUUUCCAAAGGCUUUUAUGGACUAGUGAAUAACUAUAGCACAGUAUAAAUACUGCAUGGCAGUACAGAGACUUUCUCUCCAGCAUUUUUACAGAUAGGAGGACAAGAGGCUUGAGUUCUGUAUAGCAUGACCCUGUCUGCAAAGAUGUCUUGUAUUUACUUGAUAAUAUAGCACCUAUUUUAAAGAAAGGCUCACAUGACAUUUUGGAGAACUGUGCUUGAUUAUUUAUGGCAGUCUCCUCUCCAGUAAGCAGUUCAGUGCACUCACUGAAAUGAAUGUCAUCAUAUUAAUGGAUCUUAGUGUGGUCUAGUAAGUUUUCUUUUCUUUGCUGAUGACAAAACUACACUCUAAACCUAAGGAGGAAAGGUGGUAGGCAGCCUUUUUGAUAAGCAAGUUAGGCUGUUGUAGUUGACUUGAACUCAUUUUGUAUCUUGCUGUUUAUUUUGCUUUGCUACAGUGACAUGUUUUGUCACAUUGCACAGAUGGUGCGCGUUGCAACCUAUUUGCAAUGACUUGUUGGGCCAGCAAACAGGUCUGAGAACUGAGUUGUAAGAAGUCCAGAUUAAGGACAAAUAGUGGUAUGUGCUGUACAGGGACAAGCUCCAUGCACUUGGAAGUUAAACAGGCACAUGCGUGCAGAUGGACCUGCCUUCAGUAUUGUAUUGAACAAAAAUUCGUAGUAGCAUGUUAGCUUUCUGCAUGAGCUCCUGCAUGAGCAAAGAUCAGGAUGAUGUUAUUUGUCCAUAAUACCAAGCCCCAAUCCUAAACAGAAUUAGGCAUGAUUAACGCUUGAGCUCUACAGUGUCUUUGCAAGCGAAAGGGGCAGUUUCGUGUGGCAAAAUGAUUGUGUGAAUUGGCUCCCCUUCUAAGUCAGGUGCUUUUUACCAUGGUAGUAGAUGGUGAGGGAAAGUUCUGGGUUUUAGCAUAAUUGACAUGCAAACUGCUUUGAAAGCCACUUUAUCAAAAUGGUUUGCUAUAAAAUUCCAGCAAACUUAGAAUAUGGCUGUGCUUUCAUUUUAGCUAUGAUACUGGAAAGUGUAGGUUUGAGUUGGGUUUUGUUGGGAAGAAAGGAAGGCUGAAAUUAAGGAGGCCUAGUUUUAGCGAAGUGUUUAGGACUUUUCCCUUGGUAUGUUUGAUGAAAUCAUGAACUGAAGAAACCAUUCUGUGUCAAAACAAAAACUUAUGUUUUGUUAGAUCGCUGUUGUUACCUGCGCUCUUUAUAAUUAACAGAGAAAUAGACAUUUACAUUUAUCUUUGAAUGCCACUGAAUUUGAUGAAUGUGUGCCCUGAACCUUCUGUUGACAUGCUUUCCCAUAAAGAAUUGAAAUACAUUCUUCUUGUCUUGGGUUAAAAUAGAAAUCUGCAUUAGGACAGCCAAGGUCAAUAUCAGCUUUAGGAAAGUAGAAAAGUGCCGCUCUGAAUGCUGGUAUAGAUAGCUUUUAUCUCUUGUCUCCUCCCUAUGUUUUUUUUUGACAUCCAUAGGCAUGAGAGCACUGAACCUUUUCUAUGACAAUUUAGUCUGAAUGUUUAGUAGGUUAGUAUCUUCUAAUGCCCAGAUUAUACUUUAAUCUUUAGAUUUAGGUUUGACCAGGCCCAGCUUGUUGUAGUAAAAUUCAAAUUCAAACACUUAUGGGUUUCUAACAAGAGUAUUCAUGAGAAUUCUAACAUGGUAUUCAUGAAAUCAAUUGGAUUAUGUAAAUCAGCUGCUUAAAUAUUUUUAAUGUGAAUUCUUUUGAUGUUUCAUUAUUGCUUUCUGAUCCUAGAGCUUCUAACAACAGUGCGCUGUGUGGUUAUUAGUUUGUAUAAGAAAAAUAACUUCACUUAUUUUGAAUUUAUUUAUUUAUCUGGAAUUUAUAUAUGCAGCUUUCUUUUCUACCGUCAGAGGUGAAUGGAGAUGUUGACUGGUUAAAUCAUGAUCAAUAUUUAAAGAAAUGGUUUCUUUGAACAGUAGCAAAGAUAGUCUUACAUUUAUUACAGAACCCCAAAUUAACUGUUAGGAAACAAAGCUAGCACAAUCAAUUAAUAACUGUAAUGAAUUUCUGCAAAUAUGAGUGUAUGUCAGUGCUAUUAAGUGAUCAGCUUUAUUUGCCAGGGAAUUAGAAGCAACAGGAUACUUUACUUACAAAUUUUACUUCGGUGGCAGAUUUUGUUUUAUAUUAAGCAGAUAAACAAACAAACAAACAAACAAACAAACAGAGCAAUAAAAAAAGCAAAGGAGACAAGUUGGUUUUGUAAUGCAAUUAUGUUUCUAGAUGGUAUGCAGGAGUUUAUUGGUGUGUAUACCUAGACUUCACAAGGACUCAGGAGCAAGACUCCUCCCUCCUGCCUUUGCUGUUGGAUGAUACCAUGAUGGACAUGUUUUGCUUCAUGGAAUUUUUGCCAGAUAUUUUCAAAUGCGCUGAAUUAUCAGUAGCUUGGAUUGGAUCAUAUGUGUUAUUGAAUCUUAUUCAGAUGCAUGAUUUGAAGUGAGUGUGUCAUGCCCUCCUAAAACAGUUCUGACAUUAUGGGAUGGACACUUGUGGGCAUCAUUUUUAAACAGAGCAUAUGGGUGAAAAAUCCAGUGCACACAAGCCAGUUCAUGUGGUUGAUGUCACCAAACAAAAUAUGAGACAGAAUAUACAAAAUAUCAGAAUAUUAAAUGUCAAUGGUUAUUUAAUGAAUAAAUCCCAAUGGAUUUUUCUCUUACUAAUCAAGGGAAUCUAUGUAGACACUUGUUUUGUUUUGCUUAGCUUUGCCUACUGAAUAAUUUUACAAGGCUUUUACCAUUUUCCUAUGCCUUUUAUAUUUGUUUGGGGAAAUGGUAAAUUUUUGCCCUCCAGAAAUUUCACAUCUUAAAUAGCAUUUUACUGGUUUUGAUAGAGUUAUAGUAAUUGUACGAACUCUUUUCUGUCAUAGUUUAAUUGUGUAUUUGUGGAUAUAUGUUUAAGCAGAUUUCCCAGAUGCAGAUCAGUUAAAUGCAUUGAUAAAUAUAUUCUUUAUAUAAAUACUGCACUUGUCACAUUCCUGGUGUACCUUUUCAAAGUGCAUAUAAAAGUAGGAAUAAAUUGGCUGUAUAAUUUGAGUUUACAAUAAAAAAAAAUUCCUAUAACAAUUAGAAUGUUCUACAAGUAUUGAUAAAAUAAGAAAUAAAAUAAUAGUGAUCGUGUCUUUUAUCUUUUAUUUGUACUUUUGUCAGGCUUUUAUUAAUUACCAUUAACAGUUUUUAAAACCUUUUACAGCUCAUAUCUUGUUUUAGCAUCACAACCACUCUGUAAAACAAUUCAUACUCCCCCCCCCCACUUUUUAGGCAGUUGGGUUUCCAAUAUAGUGACUUGAUUCAGGCAAUUCAUUUAUCCAUUAACUGUGAUAAACUUUGUCUUAUCACUGCAUUUACUCUUGCAUUGCUUUAACCUCUCCCAGCUUUGAUAAGACCAGUGUCCAAGUUGCAUUGCUUGUUGAGAAACAAGAUAGUGGGCUCAAAAAUGCUAGUUAUGAGCAGAAUCUUGUGUGCAUGUGUGCAGAAUCUUGUGUGUGUUUAAAGAACAUGUCAUCACGAAAAAUUUGUUGUUUAGUCGUGUCCGACUCUUCGUGACCCCAUGGACCAGAGCACACCAGGCACUCCUGUCUUCCACUGCCUCCCGCAGUUUGGUCAGACUCAUGUUUGUAGCUUCGAGAACACUGUCCAACCAUCUCAUCCUCUGUCGUCCCCUUCUCCUUGUGCCCUCCAUCUUUCCCAACAUCAGGGUCUUUUCCAGGGAGUCUUCUCUUCUCAUGAGGUGGCCAAAGUAUUGGAGCCUCAGCUUCACAAUCAGUCCUUCCAGUGAGCACUCAGGGCUGAUUUCCUUAAGAAUGGAUAGGUUUGAUCUUCUUGCAGUCCAUAGGACUCUCAAGAGUCUCCUCCAGCACUAUAAUUCAAAAGCAUCAAUUCUUCAGCGAUCAGCCUUCUUGAUGGUCCAGCUCUCACUUCCAUCCAUCACUACUGGGAAAACCAUGGCUUUAACUAUACGGACCUUUGUUGGCAAGGUGAUGUCUCUUCGUGAUGUCUCACGAAAAAUAGUGCCCCACAGUUGUGUGAGGAACAAUCAGUUACGGUAUUGAACAGGUAAAGUAGCAACCAUAUUUCAUGGUUAUUAUGCAUCACAGUUUGAGAAUAGAUCAUAUUCUUGCAUGUGCCUUAACUUUGGAUGUAAAAUAGUCAUCGUUUUAUUAAUUUAACCUGAUGCAGCAAGGGGACCUAUAUGUCUAAACAAGUUUCCUUUUGAGUGUCAUCAGCUGAAGCCACAGAUGGGAAUGCUCAUCUGAGCGUGGGUGGAGCAUAAUAAAGUAUGCUUUAAAUAGUAUGCACAUCUUAAUGUGUCUCCACAUCCUGAUGCAAAUACUCAUGCACAGAAAGGUUUCUAAAAUGUGAUUCGAGCUGCUUGGGAGUGAGAAUGAAAAAUGGAGGUUGUGAAAAACUUCUGAGAUUUAGAGUAGGGGCGUCAUAUCUUGAAGAGCAAAAAAAGAGGACAGCCCGAACCAUUGCCAGCCUGAGCUGGGGAAAUAGGCACACAGGGCUGCAGCGCCUGAGACCAAGUCUGAGCUACUCUGUGCCUGCACCAAAAACCCCAUAAACAAACCAACAAACCCUGAAUAUUUCCUUUGAAAUGUAAAACAUCCCCUAGGAUGGACAUGUUGGCACCCCCGAAAGAGGACAUGUCCAGGAUUUCUAGGACAUAUGGCAACCCUAGUUUAGAGAAACAUCUGGAUUAACAGUACUGUCCUCGAGAAUAUGUAUGGGUUUUAGCAUAAGGGGGGGGGAAGUGAGCGUGCUCUUUCUGGUCCCAAAUUUACCUUGUGUCUCUGUUGGUGAUGCAACAACAUCCAAGCGUUGGGGUUCUGUUCUGCUUAUGGAGAUCAGGAUUCAGUAUUGCAUGGGCAGCCUCCAUCUCCACAUUGGGCAGGAAGCCUGCUGAUCACACAGGGUUCCCAUUCAAGGCAGAGAGCAUCGCACCUCGGCUAUGGUGAGGCAUGCCUGGCCUGACCUGGUAGCAGAGAGUAGGGGGAGAGUGAGCGGCAAAGCUGCCACCUGCUCUUCUUGGCCACGGCCUGCAUCCGUGUGCCCACCCCUGGCAGUGCGGGCAUACGCUCCACUGCUGUGCAUAUGCAUCGGGGGGGGGGGGGGCUAGUGGCCACAGGCCCAGCUCCACUCCCUUCCUUCAUGAAAUGGUUAAUCAUGUUGAUCAAACACUUGAAUGGGGCCUGAUGCUGCCAACCCAAAUAUAUUUGCAUGAAAGCAUUUAACACUACAAAAGAGUGAUUGGCAAGGCAGACAAAAUGUUUGUGUUGCUUUUUGGGCAUCUCCCUGAAGGAAAGGCACGUUGAUUUGCUUUCAUAUAUAGUAUGAAUUCAUUUGAACUCAUGGCGAAGUGUUGCUCGUAGUGGAUUUAAUUUAUUUACAGUGGGUUGGGUCCAGAAAAGUGUGAGCGGAGGUCUGUUCACAGAAUGUUCCCCUGAAUGGAAGGAAGAGGUGGUUUUGGCCAAUUUCCCCCCUCCCUGUUCAGUUUUGCUCGUUCUCUGAAGUUCUGUUCUGGAGCACCUGUGUGCCUUCUAGAAAGUUCUACCUUUGAACUUUAGAAGAUGUGCACAGUCAUUCGUCUGUCUUCGGCUAUUUAGCUCACCAUCACUUAUCUCUGUAGCUGAAGGGCUAGAGGCUUCCUCUAAAACAAAACAACAAAAGGCAGUAGAAACUUGCUGGAUGACCAGAUACCACAUUUUGUGUUUGCAUGGUGUGAUCACAGAUGCUUAAUAUACACACACUUCCCUAAUAUUGUGUAGCUCCGUCUAGAAGAAUCCUAGGGAUGUAUAAGUAGGACGCCUCACUUAAUAUCUAAUUUCAUCCUCUCAUUUGAUAAUGGGGGCUCAGGUAAGGAAGCCUGACUGUACGUGUAAGGCAAUUUGCAUCUCAGUGUGAAUGCCUGAAUGGUUCAUUCCUCUUUGUGUGGGCAAUCAACUUACAAAUCUGUUCCUUUUGCCAUUCGCUGGCCUCUGUAAAAUUGAUAUCGUGGCACUCGCACACAAAAAGCUUCCUCUCUUCCAUCCCAAUGGGAGGUUGCUUCCCUGCGAAGUCUAGCCUACCUAAUGAACACGUGGGGCCUGGUUGUCAGUGUUAAUUCCAGCAAGGCUUGAGAAAUGCCAUUGCCUGCAGUAAGGGCUGCAAGGCAAAGCCUGUUACUGCACCUUCUAUCUUUGGCAUCGCAUGUUUGUUAAUCUGAUGCUGUAAGCCUUAUAGUUCCCCCCGAGGUAUUUAUCGAAAAUGGAUUUGUGAAAUAUUAAGAGGACCGGUUUAAUGAAGCGGGUGAAGCUUCUGGUUGGAAAUUAUGCAUUCAAACACAAAAAGAAUUCUCACAGCCAUUGGAGGGGAAUUGCAGGAUACAUGCCUUUUCAACGAAAUGUUGAAGGUUCAGUCAAAUAACAUGGGAUGGUGUGUUGUAGGUAACAGAGUUGCAAAAUCCAGGGACUUGCCCUGCCUUAAUUAGUGAUGGUCUUUUCUUUAUAUUAUGUGUGUGUUGCACUUUCUGUUUGUCUUUGCAGCUGUGUAUAAUUUCCCUUGAAUUAUUUCUUUUGGUGAAAAACGAGCAAAAAAAAAAAAAAAAGUUGCCCAGUGGUUAUGGGGAGCAUAGAAAAGCAUCCAUAUUGCUUCUACAACUACAUAUUUCUGCAGCACCCCACUUUCUCUGCCCCUCUUUUCCUCCAUAUCUUCAUGAGAGUUUGCAUAGUGGGUUUUAGAACCUGCAUUUUGAAUACUGCAGCAUGAUGUUUGUUAUCAUUUAAAUAAAAAGAAGCAAUUGUUGUAUGCCUGUGCUAGUAAAUUGCUCAGGACAGGGUGCCAAUUCAAUCUCUUACAACACAACGUCACUGUGGUGUUGCAGUAACAUGACAACUGUGCAAACAUUUGAGAUGAGGUAUCUAAUUAACUUGUUGUUCACUUUUGGGAUUACAACUAAUACAGAAAUAAGCGAUUGAUUGAGAUUCUGCUAGAUCAGUCAGUCGGGGAGGGGGUAUGGUUCUGACAUAGUAGUAUUAAAUUCCUGUUUUUACAGCUUAGUGUGUUUAAAAUCUUUCUCCCUCCCACAGUUCUCUUGUAGGAAGACCUUGAGCUGCUGA